UGCUUCUCCCCAAGUACUGGACCACUUGCAUACUUUUAGAUACAAAUUUGUUCCUAGAAUUGAAUAUAACCUGGUGUUACUUUUUUGUCAUAAAAAUGCGGCACACUGACCCAACAAGCAUAGUCUUAGUUGUACUAAUUUCUUGUUGUCACUAUCUGGAUCUUUCAUUAUGACUUGACGCGGCAUAUUCGGCACUCGGACUGAUCUCACUAUAUUUAAUCGUUACUCAGCAUUCGGUAUUUGGUAGAAAUAUGUCACAUGUGUGUUCAGUAUCGUAACGGACAUCGGACGGAUGUACCGAAAUCGCAAAUUGCGUCUCAGAAUUUUUACUUUACAAACAAUGUAAUAUUGCAGGUUGUAGAAAUUUCAAUUCACUUUCAAUUAUAAUUUGAAACUGAUCUUCGAACAUUCAAGAUCAAGAUUUUUUGAAUAAUCGGCCUAACAUGAAUGUAAUUACAUUUUUAUUAACGGUUGGCGUGGUUUCUGCCAAUCCCAGUAUACCCUGGUGGAACAUCAAAGCUGCUCAAGAACAAGGACCGAACGUUUGCGUCGUGGAACAAGUUCCUGGUACCAAUAGGAACUAUUAUACCGAGUGCAAGUAUUGGCGACCAAGAACAAUCUGUGGCAAUGAAACGAUUAUCAAGUACGAGUGUUGUGAGGGAUAUGAGAUGGUGCCAGGCCAAUUGGGAUGUACAGGAGUAUCGCCAUUGACGGAUGUCGUGGAAACAGCGAGAAAUGCUGGUGCUGGAAAGUUUGCGGAUUUUUUAGAAAAAACCGGAGUGGCUACGGAACUUACACAAGGACUAACGGUGACGCUAUUUGCUCCUAGUGAUGAAGCUUUCGACGCUUAUGUUAAAACAUACGGAGCCAUCAAACCGGAGAAAAUCACGUCAGAAAAAUACAGAAAACUGGCAAUGCACCACUUUGUCGAUAGAAAACUUUUGUCUGAUCAGUGGGGAGCUGAUAAAUUAAUCGACUCGAAAUUAUCCAGGCACAAAAUACGCAUCAACAAAUAUUCAAACGGCAUGGAGACUGUGAACUGCGAGUUAAUUAUGCGAAAAAAUCAGCAAGCUACGAAUGGAGUUGUUCAUAUCAUCGACGGUGUUCUUAUACCAGAUCGAUACAAAAAUAUGGGCAUUGUCGAGGCGAUUAUUGCUGAUGGAAGAUUCAAUGUACUUGCCAAGGCUCUGAAUAAUACCAACUCCAUCGUCGAACGUAUUAAAAACAGUGAUGUGCCCCAUACGUUCUUUGCGCCAAGUGAUGAAGCGUUUCAAAAAAUACCAUGGAGUCGCUGGAGAAAGAUUCUUGAGGACAAGGAUACUUUGGAAGCUUUUCUUGCCAAUCAUGUAAUAUCCCACGUUGUUUGCCUCUCUGGAGUUAUUUCGGAACAUCAUGCCAAAACCCUUGGCCCACAGAGACUUACUUUGGAUUGUACUUCGCGUGGGCGAUCGCUUGAAGGCCAAAGGUUGAGGCAGGACUUUUUGCAUGGUCUGGAUGGACUUGUUUACCUCAUCGACGACGUACUUUUGCCCGACAGAGCCAAAACUGUCACAGAGUUAGCCAAAGACGAAAAGCUCGGUACUUUUAUGCAAGUGGUAAAAAAUGCUGGAUUAGAGGACGCUUUCGAAAAUUUUGACUCUUACACUCUGUUGGCACCCUCUGAAGCGGCGAUUUAUUCAGCGAUACCUGACGCAGAAUUGAAGCACAUGGGAACAGAUCGCGAAAAGGCGAAGGAAUUUGUUCUCAAUCAUGCUGUUUUUGGCAAACAUACCACAGAUUCUAUUUACGAUAAUCAGGUGGUGAUGAGUCUUGAUGAAAAGACACCACUGCGUUUUCAAGUUUAUCGCGGUAGCGUGGGUAUCGAGGAUGCAGUGAUAGAAAAGGCAGACAAACAGGGGAGCAAUGGAGUUUUGCACGUGAUUAAUAAAGUUCUUCGAACCAAUAACAAUUCACUGGACGAUGUGUUAAAAACAAAUGGAAAUUUCAGUAUUUGGCUACAAGCAAUGGACAAACUUCUAGAAAUUCAGCCAGCAGAGUUUCAGGAAUUCAUACGGCCGUCGGAGUCCACCGUAGCCUACACUUACUUUGUGCCGUCAGACAGAGCAUUCGAACAGUUGGAUCAGGCCAAGCUGGACCGAUUGAUGAACGAUUCCACAUAUUUAACUAAGGUUAAUGACGCCAGAAUUAUUAGGUGCGAUAUAUUGAGUCGAAACGGAGUUGCACACGAGAUAAACAAGGUCCUGCUACCCGAAAAUAGUCCGCACUCUCGCCGAUACUUGCGAAGAAAUCGUGGAUCACGACGCGCGGAUAGGACACGACUAUUAUCCUCGCGUUCCGAUACUCUACGUGGUCGUGAUAUUAUAACUAACGAACAACAAUGAAAACCUAUAUUUUUACAAGAAAUAUUAUCUAUGUAAGGGCAUGAAUUAUGCAACAAAAAAAUAAGAAUAAUUUAGAAUAGUUACUAACUUUCUCCUUUCAUCUUUGUAUUGAAAAAAAAACAUCUAUCUGUAUCUAAUAGUGAUGCAAUGUGAAAGUUGCACGCGUUGCACGCAAAUAUUGUACCAACAUAACAAUGCUAUUUUCAUAUUUAAA